CUCUCAAAUCUGAAUUGAAUUCUCUCAGUAGCUUAAUCCCUUUACAGAAGAAACCAUGGCUAUCGACCCAGAAUCCAAAGCAGCCACUGCUCUACACGACCCUCUCUUGCCAUGGCUCAGGUCGAUAAGGAAAGCCCUUGAAGAUUUGAAAUCGGGGAACGAUUCCUGCUUGGAACUCAGCAAGCUUGUUUCCGAUUGUAUCAAAAUGUUCAAAGACAACGCUCAGUACCGAGACGACAUCAGAUUCCUCAAGAUUUGGUUCCUCCAUAUCGGAUUUUGUAAAGAUUAUGCUAGCAUUUUCACUGAAAUGCUGGAGAAGAAGAUAUGCAUUGGCCAAUCUUUGCUGUAUGUGUGGUAUGCCUCAUAUAUUGAAUCGAAAGGGAAGUUGUACGAGGCGCAGAUGGUUUAUCAGAUGGGAAUUAUGAGGAAUGCUGAACCAAUUGAAUGGUUGAAGAAAGCACAGGCCUUAUUUCUUGAUAGGAUGUCUAACUUGGUCAAUGAUUCUUCACUUGAGAAGAUUGAUGGUGGUCAAUCCAUUCAGUCCGAAGAAAGUCAUAUCAAUCCGUGGUCAAGCUCCAUUAUAAAAGACCUGUUAACGAGGACAAAUCGUCAGAUUGUGAACUUUGAUGGAUACCGUUCAAGUAAUAAAGCUUACCCAGGAAAAGACGCUAUCUCUCAGCAAAGUUUUUCAAGAAAUAAAAUCAUUGACAUAGGAGGAAGGAAGUAUCAGAUCAAGGGUCGUGCAGGUCAGGGUGGUUUUGCUCAAGUCUAUAAAGCAUGUGUCAAUUCUAAUCCUGAUGAAAUAGUUGCAUUAAAGAUACAGAAGCCUGCUUUCCCUUGGGAGUUCUACAUGUAUCGUCAACUUGAUCAACGAAUCUCGGCUGAGGAAAGGUCAAAAUUUGGGUUUGCUGAGAGACUGCAUGUUUAUUCUGACUGUAGCAUACUUGUUUGUGAUUACCUAGCCAAUGGGACACUUCAGGAUGCUAUAAAUUCGUACGUGGUCAUUGGCAAGUCCAUGGAAGAGGUGUUAUGCAUGUACUACACCAUAGAGAUGCUUCACAUGCUGGAAACUCUGCACGGUGUUGGUAUCAUUCAUGGUGAUUUCAAGCCUGAUAAUUUGCUUAUUCGUUAUUCCAGGGAUGACCUAGUAGAAGAUGAUUUUCGAGACCGAAAUGGUUCUUGGCGUCAUCAGGGUCUUUGCCUUGUUGACUGGGGAAGAGGAAUAGAUCUAACGCUUUUUCCUGACGAUAUAGAAUUCAACGGAGACUGCAGGACUUCUGGCUUCCGUUGUAUAGAAAUGCAACAGAACAAACCUUGGAAAUUUCAGGUUGACAUAUAUGGCUUCUGUGUUAUUAUCCAUAUGAUGCUACAUAAUUCUUAUAUGGAGAUUCAAGAGAAACCUUCACCAGAUGGUGGUCACAUUUAUCUACCCAAGGCACCUUUUAAAAGAUAUUGGAAUGUUGAUCUUUGGAAGAAUCUCUUCACAAAACUGCUCAAUAGUUCCCAUGGCAACAACGACAAGAGCUUGUUAAAAGAAUUAAGAGAGUCCUUCGAGGAUUACAUGUGCUCAAACCCUUCUCUCAUAAAGAAACUAAAGGAAUUGCUAUUGAAGCAAAAAGCUUCCUUGUGUUCUGCUUAGUUCCUCAUCUUCUCACUGUUGAUUGUAUUUGUGUUUAUUUUUAACUAAAAAUACCCUUAAAAGGGUAAGCUUUAUUGUAUAGAUAAUAUAAUAGAGUUACUUCAAAAAUCUUGUGCUGUUGUUCCAUCCCAGCUACGAACCCCUCGUGUAUGUAUUCGUAUUCGGAAAACAACGUUGCACGAGUAAGAAACAUAAAUAAUAUGUAAACUAUUGUAGUUAUAUAAUUGACCAAGAGAGUUAUGUUUUUACAUGUCA